AUGUAUCAAGGGGACAGGAAUCAAUUUGCAUUUUUGGCGGCGAUAGCGUCGCUAGUGCUGGCCGCCUAUUUUCUACUGAGCAGGCUCUAUUACCUCUACUUCCAUCCGUUGGCGUCCUUUCCAGGUCCAACAAAUGCUGCUUCAUCGCGGCGCUGGAUCUACAGAGUCACCGAUGGUGGAUUCCCAGAAGAGGAGCUCGAGAGGCUACAUAAGAAGUACCAAACAAAUGCUCUGCGAAUCGGGCCGAACGAACUGCAUAUAACCGACGUCUCAAAAUACAAGAUCAUCUACAGCCAGGCUAACCCCUUCCCCAAAUGGGGCGAGUUCUACGAAGCAUUCAACUCCCCGCACACGGUCUUCACCGAGGUCGAUGCAAAGAUGCACAAGGAGCGACGCCGUCUUCUGAAUCCUGUGUUUUCUCGUACCGGUGUCUUCAAGCUCGAACCUAUCAUCCACGACAAAGCGCGGAUUAUGAUUAACAAGAUUGACCGCCUACGAGAAAAGAACGAUAUCAAUGUGUAUGAUGCACUCAGGUGCUUGACAACGGAGGUGAUCAUGGAGUUUGCCUUUGCCAAGUCGGCCAACAUGCUCGAGGAGCAGGAGACUACCUUCGAGUCUUGGUUCCUUACUGCUUUUGACGCGGUUGCGGGAAGUCUGUGGAAGAUGCAGGAGUUUCCUCUUCUUAGGAAGAUUGCUGGGCGUCUGCCUGAUAAACUGGUUGAGAGACUUGAUCCGCAGCUGGUGAAUGUUUUCCGAAUGCUCAAGGUAUUUACUGCUCCCAACACUUACUCGCGUACCUUCUUGAUACUAGCGUGGGAACUAAUGUCUGUUCUUCUCCACCAGUAUGCGGAAAGCUGUCUUAAUCAUUACGAGAUUCACGGAAAUACCACCCCCCAUCCUGUCGUGUUCGAUAAUCUGUCCUCCUUGUCCCACCAAAACAAGGUCACAGAGGCCUUGGAUAUCCUCAUUGCAGGCGCCGACACAACAGCCUCCACCUUGACAGCCGGCAUGAUGCACAUUCUUUCCAACCCAAAAAUCCAUACCAAAUUGGUCAAUGCACUCGGUGGCGUUGGUGCAUACAGCGGCAACGCCGAGGCUUUCCAACUCCUUGAGUUGGAAAAGAUUGAGUACUUGACGGCGUGUGUCAAGGAAUCUCUCCGCAUCGGCAUGGCUGUACCCGGACGUCUGCCUCGAAUCGUGCCGCACAAUGCCCCGCCGUUUGUUGUCGAUGACAAAGUUAUUCCUCCUGGAUCAAUCGUCUCGAUAUCGGCAUAUACAAUGCACACCAGCGAGGACAUCUGGGGUCCCGAUGCCCGCAUAUUCAACCCCGAUCGCUGGCUGAAGCCCGAAUCAAAGUCUUUGGAUCAAUACCUCUGCACCUUCUCCAAGGGUGCCCGGAUGUGCAUUGGGCAAAACGUCGCCUUUGCAGAGGUUACCAUCGUACUCGCUUAUUUCUUCCGAUCUUUUAAAAUCGCCCUUCCGCCCGGUUUUGUACCUCCAGAGAGGAAGGAUAAAUUCACCAUGGAGUAUGCGCAUCCUGGGUUGCCGUUGCGGUUUUCGGCUCCUUGA